AUGCAAUGGUCUGUGCUAUUGGAUUUCCGGGCAGAAAUCACACAGCGAGUCCCUUCGUGGAGAGAUUUUCAAGACUAUGAGCUGGAAUUGGUUAGAAAUGUAUGCCACUUCGCGUGCCGGAUCUGCGAUGAUACCGACCUUGCUGCCCUGACCUUGUGCUACAACUUGCUGACAAAUCUGCGGUUCCAAAACUUAGAUGCCGUUGACCCUUGGGAAGCCAUGCCUGAGUCCAGCCUGACCUUUACUGGCGUGUUCAACCGUUCAGACGGCUUCGAGAUUGUGCCGCUUUAUAUGCGGUUCAACCUGUUUUGUGAACCAGAAGUUCCAGAAGUGCUUGCAGGCCACAUGGCGGAACUUUUUUCUGCGAUAGGCGAAAUGCCAGUGAUGCUUCUGGCAGCUGGGAAGAUCAAUGAUGGCGACUUAGAGUCUUGCCUCAGUAGUGCUUUGCGGGCGCUAAACGGCAGGCGUCCUGAAAGUGAUGUUCAAGGACGCCUCCUGGACAACAACCAGCGCUGCAGAGGUUUUCUGAAGGCAGGCGUCCUGAAGUUCAGAAAGUCAAGGCGUCCUGAAUGUGAUGUUCAAGGACGCCUCCUGGACAACAACCAGCGCUGCAGAGGUUUUCUGAAGGCAGGCGUCCUAAAUGUGAUGUUCAAGGACGAACCCUUGGCAAAACAAGUUUUGAGAAGAUGCACUUUCAGAACAUGUUCCCGGUGCAAGUUUAUCGGGAACCGAGAGCGGUGGCUGAAGCAAUGCCCCUGGCUGGACUCCAAGUACAAUGUUGAUAGCAAGCAGUGGGGCGUGGGCUGCAAAGUUUGCUCGGAAGCGCUGUCCCGAAGGCCAGAGAUGAUGAAGAAGUUCAGUCACCACAGGCAUCACUUUGCCAAGUACGAGGUUCGGGACAACAACUUGGUGUUGGACCGUUUCAAGAAACACCAGAAGAGUCCAGCCCACCGGACUGCUGCUCAAAUUCUGGACCCUGCAAGCAAAGCUGAAUUUCUAGAUGAAGGCGGGGUCACUCCAACGACUCAAGAAUGGAUGUCAGUGCUGACGCACACAGAGCCUGGAAGGCUAGUCCUGAGUGUUCCAGAUGUGGGUAGCAGCAAGAAAUGCCAAAUGAUGCGUUACUGUCUUGCAGAGGCACAACAGGCAACGCAACGAGAGUUUUUGGCGAACGCUGUUUGCGUGUCAUUGCAGCAAGAUGCCCGUGGAAAUCGUUUUCUUGUGCGCUUCAAAGCCUGCGAUGAAAACUUGGAAGUCAGACAAGGCGUGCUCCAUUUGCAGAAAGCUGUGUCAACGGUGGAUUUGCCUGGCGCCGUCGGGAUCAGACAGGCGACCAUGAGGGCAUUGAAGGAAUUCUUCACGACGGCAGCUCCACCUUCAUAUGGAGGGCUUGUCACGAAUGAUCCCAAGCCUCAUUUCCACGAGGAUCUUCUCCUCAAGGUCAUUGACAAGAUUGAAGUGUUGGCCGCGGAUGGGGCGGCAGAUGAGCAGCUCGCUUUGCGUGAGAUGGCUGGAAUGGCGGGCCCGAACAUGGUGCAGUUGAAAGACACCAUGACGCAGGUCUUCCCAAAGCUCAAGGGAGCAGCUUGUUUGGAGACAUUGCGGUUCCUGGACAACGAAAAAAUGCUUCAGCUUGGUAUGUUAGCAGAUUCAGCUCUCGAAUUGCACCGCGUUGUCAAAGACCUGGACUCUGACAACUUUGAUGAAGCUGAGUUCCCCGCUGAAUUGGAUCUCUACAAGCAAAUUCUCAACAAGCUCUCUGUUGAUGGCUUGUGUUUGACUGUUCCUGGCAUGACCAAGCUGAUGCUGGGGUAUUUGCAGCAGCCGCGCAGCGUGCUUGUUGCAGAUGUGGCCAAAACUUUGGGCGGCAACGCAGAAGAUCCAGUCAUGAGGCACCAGUGUCUGAAGCGCAUGGCGGCAUACACGGUGGUAGCAGAGGCUGUCAUGAACGGCGAAUUUCCCAGCUUUGAACUGAUGGGCUGCUUCAAGGUCUUCAGCGUGUCUGAUGAAGCCAAAUCCAAACAGCGGAGUCAGAGCGGUGAAUUGCAAAAUUGUUUGCAGCGCUUGGCUCAAGUGAUCAAUGUGUGCCCUGCAACCCUGCAGUAUGAGUUCCAGAACUUCUACCCCCUCGCUGCAAAGUACGGCAAGCAGGGCCUUCGCACGUUUGAAGCCUGGAAAAAAGCCAUUGAGGUGACUGCCAAGAGAAGAGCAUCUCACAGUACGGAUGCGCUACUGCCUGUCCUGGCACGUCUUGGGGCAUGGUCUUGCUCAUCUUCGUCUGUGGAGAGAGGCUUCGGAAUUGCUCUGGCUUCCAAGCAGCUAGGCCAAGGCCAAGAUGAGCACCUUCCAUCUGAGGAAUCCGUGUUGAUCAUCCAGCAAGACAUCUUGCAGGGCUCGGCGGCUCAAGACCGAGACUUCCGACAGGUCAUCUUCAAGGCCAAGACUAUUUGGGCAAGCUCCUGCGCAAGAGUGCGUGCAAGUGGCGAUACCAAGCGCAAGACUCGGUGGGACCCAGGAAAUUCUUCAAGUCUGGAGAAGCUGGUUUCCUGCAAGAUGAGAUCCGCCAAUACAUUGGGGAAAUUGAAAGAAAUUGCUUUCAAUGAAGACAAGAAACGCAAGGUCCUGGUGGACGAAGCUCUGCUCAAGACCUUGAGGCCUGAUGACAUGACCCCAGAGGUCCAGAACGUUGUGCAGCGGGAGGUCGCCAAAAUGGUCAAGAACCAAAGGGAAAGAACCAAUGAGCAAGUUCUGCAGCAGAAGCGUGUGACGCAGAAGCAGGUAGCUUGGCGCGACGAUGUCCUGGUCUACGGCCCCAACCGGAAUGUAGCAAUCCAUGCUGCUCGUGUGUUUGUAGCAGAUGAUCCUCACCAGUGCAAUGUCUACAUGAAAUUUUUCGCUGGAGCCUUGGGUGGCUUGGUUGCGAACAACAUGUUUGUGGACACCAAAGGUGAGAAGGGCAUUUGCGUGGCCUUCAAAGCUGCCAUCUCGAUCAUCAGGCGGGUGUUCGUUAGCCCUCAGUUCAUGGCAGCCAACGUCAAUUUCUGUCAAGACCUGCUGGAAGUGCUGAAGCUAGCGGAUUGCAAGUGGCAGCUGCUGAGGAGAGAUGAGCUGGACAAGGAAAUCCAGCGACUUAAUCCCAGCCGGGCCCGGCAGCUGAUCAUUUUCCAUGCGCCUGCAGAGCAUGGCUUUCCUCAGAACGUUCAUUGCUUUUCUGCGCUUGAUGCUGCAGUUGGUGAUCCAGUUAUUUGUACAGUGGACCAGAGCCGCUCGCAAAGUGGCAUUUGCUCCUCAUACUAG